GCGAUGGUGAACCAAUAAAAAGGCGCCGGAGUCCUGCUAACGGUCGGCUUUGCUCGAGACAGUGUAAAACGCGAACAAUAUUUCUGUCAGGCGCGUACUGUCUUCGAGUGUGCAAAGGACACACCAUCUCAUUGACUGCGCCUGUCCCUACAUAGGAACACGCAGUGAUAGCUUAGGUAAGCUCCUCCACGACCUGUUCUGCCGCAACACAACUCCACCCUUCUCCUCCAAUCACCCCUGGACUACACCAACUACUGAGUAACAGCAACAAGAGAUUGCCGUGGAAGAGUCAGAUUUCUGCUCCUGGAAUACAAACAAGUCCUGUCUCUAUAACAACCCUCCUGCAUUUGUAAUCCACCAACUCUGAUUACGAAGGGGGAAAAAAAGUUUGCUUUCACCUCUGGCCAACUGUUUUAGUAUUUUGCCUGCAGUGCUGAAAAGGCGUUGUGUUUCCAGCUCAUUUGUUUGUUUAAUGAUGUCUCAACUGAACUAACACAUAGGCCUAGUGCACUGUUCAGGAAUACAUAGGUACGUUGUGAUUUAACAACGAGGCCCAGAGUUCCGGAGUGUUCAGAGUGUCCGAGGUGGAUACACACGAAGCCUAAAGAGGAAGAUGCACCUGUGAAGGCUGUGCAGAAGCAGACGGGGGUUUCCUCUGAUAGAGCCUCCUCAUUCUGUAAACACACCAGGUGAUCUCUGAGGAGAUAUCUGUGAUACACCUGUGAAGGCUGUGCAGAAGCAGACGGGGGUUUCCUCUGAUAGAGCCUCCUCAUUCUGUUAACACACCAGGUGAUCUCUGAGGAGAUAUCUGUGAUACACCUGUGAAGGCUGUGCAGAAGCAGACGGGGGUUUCCUCUGAUAGAGCCUCCUCAUUCUGUUAACACACCAGGUGAUCUCUGAGGAGAUAUCUGUGAUACACCUGUGAAGGCUGUGCAGAAGCAGACGGGGGUUUCCUCUGAUAGAGCCUCCUCAUUCUGUUAACACACCAGGUGAUCUCUGAGGAGAUAUCUGUGCGUCCGCUCUCUCUGGGUCGACAAACUACUCCCUGCAUCCUCAUCAUAGCUGUUUCAGACGGACUCAGACUCCGGUAGCCUCGCACCAGCGUGUCUCUAAGGAUCUCUCUACAUCUACCCAUACCUGUCUUUCCCUGUCUGUUUUUUCCCCCUUCUAUCUUUUUAUUUUUACCUGUAUCUCCCUCUUUUCUCACUUCUCUUCCCUAUACCUUUUAUUUUCCUCUCCUUCCACAACACCCAUUCCUGUCACAUACUCUCUCCUUUUAAAUAAUUAACAAUGCUUGCGUGCCAAUGACACUUUCUGUCGGUGCGAUCCAAUCCCUGAAAGUCCCAGAGGAAACAGUGACCUUUGGAGUGGGUCGUGCUGCUGGUGUGUGGGUUGUGCUGUUCCAGAUCUCUACCUCCCCCCUGGACCUCCUGGCCUGGCCCUGACUGUAAAUGUCACAGUGCUGGCUGUCCACGGCUGAAUCUUCCACAGGGUCAGAGGCCUGGCUGUUUUUUUCCUCUACACAGGCCAGGUAUCUCUGUGGGAGCCUCACUGUGUCCAAGUGGGACAGACGGUACUCCUCAGCCCCAGUCGACCGUUGACAGCUGCCUUCUGGGAUUUAGCGUUUUGGUCUGAUUAGAAAGAUUCUGUCCGACCCCGAGACCUUGUUCCCAUUAUACUCAGAGUUUUCAUUUAAAGACUUUGUUUGGUUUUUCUUCUUUUUGUCAUUACCCUCUUCACCCGAUUCAUAUAGUAGCUUAGCCCAUGAUGAUUGCCUUUGGCUGAGAACGUGAUCACAGGUUCAUUUUACUCCCCAGUUUUAUGAUCUAGCUCAAUCUCCCACUUGACAAUAACAUUUCACAGGGAUUACGCAUAAAGCCAGGCACACCUUUUAAGUGUGUUCGCCACAGGAAGCCUUCACAAAACAUAUUCCUCCCUGGAGAGUAGCACACACCAAUCAACUGCAGUGAUUCUUUUUACCAAGAUAAAGGCCCUUGGAUGGAGUGAAUACAGGGAAAGAAAGGCCCUUGGAUGGAGUGAAUACAGGGAAAGAAAGGCCCUUGGAUGGAGUGAAUACAGGGAAAGAAAGGCCCUUGGAUGGAGUGAAUACAGGGAAAGAAAGGCCCUUGGAUGGAGUGAAUACAGGGAAAGAAAGGCCCUUGGAUGGAGUGAAUACAGGGAAAGAAAGGGCAGAUGGUCUCCUGCACUAAGACAUCAGUAAUAAAUGAAUAAAACAUUUGGUAGAGUGGAGUGGAGGCAUCUGGCAGAUUGCUGAGGUAGUCCCCCCCCCCCCUCUCUCUCUCUCUCUCUGUCACACUCCCUCUCUCGUUUUAGACAGGGCAUCAUGUAGCAGCGCAGCAAGAAAGGAGGCUGUUCCGCAGUGCCCCUGCUUCUCUCUUUGUUGUUUUUGUUUGUCCGUUUCCCCCCACCCCCUCCGUGUUGUAAUGACCCACCACCACUGCCAGCCUCAGGAGAGAUGCCUGUACUUGAGAUGGCAGUGAGCUCUGUCAAGUCCCUGUACUGGGAGGUGUUCCCCCCCAUGUCCUCAUGCAGGGUCUACUGCACCCCUGUGUUCCACGGUGGCCUGCUCUAUGUUCUGGGAGGAUGCAGUGAAACAGGCCUGCCUUUAGACACUGCUGAGGUGCUGGACAUAGAGAGCCAGACAUGGACCCAGCUUCCUCCGCUCCCUACAGCCCGGGCGGGGGCGUCGGCGGUGGCCCUUGGGGGUCAGGUGAUGGUGAUGGGGGGCAUGGACCUCCAGCAGAGCCCCCUGUCCUCCGUGGAGGUCUACAACCCUGACGAGGGCAAGUGGGAGAGGAGGGCCAGCCUGGGACAACCCUCCAUGGGCAUCACCUCUAUAGAGAAAGAUGGGAAGGUGUAUGCGCUGGGCGGGAUGGCAGCUGACACUACGCCCCAGGCACUAGUGAGGGUCUACGAGCCGAAGAAGGACCAAUGGCAGGCCUUGACCUCCAUGCCCACGCCUCGCUACGGAGCCACCUCCUUCCUGAGAGGCAACAAGAUUUACGUGCUGGGUGGGCGUCAGGGAAAGCUUCCUGUCACAGCCUUUGAGGCCUUUGACCUGGAAAUGAAGAGUUGGACGCAUUACCCCUGUAUCCCCAGCCGCCGAGCCUUCGCCUGCUGUGCUGCCACCGAGCGGGGCUUCUUCAGUCUAGGAGGGCUCCAGCAGCCCUGCCCCCAUAACUUCUACUCCAGACCUCACUUCGUCAGCACGGUGGAGGAGUACAACCCAGAACAGGGUAUCUGGAUCAAACCAACCCGAGCCUCCAGGAUGAGGGAUAAGAGAGCAGAUUUCACAGCCGGCUGUCUGGGAGGAAGGGUCAUCGUUGCGGGGGGACUAGGAAACCAGCCGUCACCCCUGUCGUCAGUGGAGAGCUACAACCUUGUGAAGCGACGUUGGGAGUAUGCUGCCCCGAUGCCCAGCCCCCGCUGCUGCUGUGCCCCCCUGCAGACCCCCAACAUGCUGUUCCUCAUCGGGGGUGUGGCCCAGGGGCCCAGCAACGCCGUGGAGGCCCUCUGUCUCAGAGAGACUGUGUGACACACACACAUGCACAGAGACACACACUGACAUGGCUACUACACACUCUCACAAAUACACAGGAAAUGACUGUGUCGCUAUUCAUGCAUACACCAGUACAAACACAUUAUUUGUGUACAGGUGAGGGACACACACUCAUACAGACUCAUAUUGACCUGGACACCUGUUACAAAGGAGUUGUUGAACAAAUAACCCCAACAAAAACACCACACACAAUACUAAUUUGAACAUUGAAGCAUUUUCAGGAUAAAAGCAGGGUACUUUUCUGGAAAUGUAAGGAAUUUAGGGCCAUAUCUGUUUCACAACAGCAGUGUCCGGUUGCAGUGGCUUGCUUACACUUUUUUUUAAAUCACCUUAAAAAAAGUUGAGAAUUUAGGAUACAACUUUGGAGUAUGUGAGUGUGUGUGUUUUGGUUCCUGUUGUUAACUUGGCGUUAUUAAAAUCCCAGACUCCUGAAUACCACCUCUAGAAUUGCCAGCCAAUACCUGCACUGUGGCAUCAGAGACUCAGAAUAGAGCUCUUUGACACUAAGCCACAUUUUCCUGAAGCUUAAAGACAUGUUUUUGGAGAGAAAAAAUAAAUCAUAUUUUACAUCAGAGUUUAGCAAUGAAACUUCAGAGAAUGAAACAAUGUAAGAGUUGUUUUUAAAGGGAAAAGCAAUAGCUCUUAACAGGAAGUCCUCCUGUACAUAUACCAUGCUUAUUCAACCUUUGACCUUUCAAGGAACUAAUAGGAAAUAGAUGGAACACCCAGAAGGGCAGUGGGAGGGGUUUUACAGAUUGUAUUAGUGGACAGAGGGUGAUGGUCACAUUUGCUUGACCUCAAAAUAUAUUUUUAGUAUGUAUUUUAUGAGGGUUUUCUUUCCUUGCGUCACCCCUGUAGAACCCCACAUUCAUUGGAUCAUGAGUUUUUAUUUUAUUUAGGAUGUCCUCCUAAGCUGGCGCCACUGUCUCCUGGACCGGUUCAGGCUGUGGCUUUGACUCUCUCUGAUUACAGCAUCUCCUGAUUCAUGACUGAUUAUCUUUAUCAACGUCUCCUGCUGGGUAGCUCGAUGUGCUAAAUUACAGGUUGGGUAGGAGGGUUGCAGGAGGUUGGUUAGGAGGGCUGCAGAGGGCUGGUUCGGAGGACUGCAGGAGGCCGGAUAGGAGGGAUGCCGGGGGCAGUUCGGAGGGUUGCAGGAGAUUGGUUAGGAGGACUGGGCCUUGUUAGGAGGACUGCAGGGGUCUGGUUAGGAAGACUGGGCCUUGUAAGGAGGACUGCAGGGGGCUGGUUAGGAGGGCUGCAGGGUUCGUGACACUCAGACCAUAAUGAAACUCUCAACCAUAUUCAUAUUCUAGAGACUAUUAAAUAGCUUAUGGUUUCAUUCUAGCGCAUAGAUGCACUCCCACACUUACACUCCCACAAUCACAUACAUAUUUAUAGAAAAAUGUUGUUGAUGAUGUCAUUGAGAUAUUCCCUUGGGGAGUGCAGUGUCUUUCUAAACAUGCUUUAGUGCCAGUUGAUAGAUGUAUUUCUGGCUACGUGGGAAGUUGUGUUUCUGUACGCUCCAAGGCUCACCACAUGGAUCUGGCUGGCUGGCAACAGCAAUAAAGUGAUGGAUAGAACGCAAAUAUAUGUAUAUACGUAACUGGAUUCUCAUCAGCGGCGAUAGAAUGCUGUAUUCGGUAGCAGUCUGCAGGAGGAACCAGGGUCUCUUCGGCAGAAGCACUCUGGUUUCUAAGCUCUUGAGUACAGUUUAGAAAGAACUUGCACACCCCCAGGAGAGAGAGAGAGAGAGAGAGAGGGAGGGAGAAGGAGAGAGAGAAAAUCAUUUUUCAGAUGUGCUCCUCUGGCGCUGACAUGACAUAUGACUCAACAGCGUAAACUGCAGUUGACUCUAGUUCUGUACUCUAAUCCUACUGCUGUUGGCUUCAUAAACAGUGUUGUAGAUCAUUCAGUACAUUUACUUUUCCCAUUUGCUUUCUUUAUAGUAGAGAUCCCUUCUAAGCAGUCUAUUAGACUCGGGUUUUAUAUACAACGUGUGUCUCUGCCUUCUCUUCCUGGGAUCAAAGAUGCUGAAUCCACACAUCACAUAUUUCCAUACUUACUUGCAUUUGAUUAAUAGAAAUCAUUUCAGAACUGUGUCUUAUUUUUUACCAUCAAAGACUCUGUUUUUGUGCGGUUCACUGUGAACACCCGGUGUCGAGGCAACAGUCACUGUGUCACACCCGCAAGUAGCAUUACUGUGUAAGUCAGUGAAGUAUUGUUGCUUUUCAUUUCCAAAAUAAAUUAGUAUUUUAAAUAAUUUGUAUUCUCUCUAAAAAUGUCCCUGUUUGCUAUAUUUUGUAUUUUUCCAGUUUGUUGUUUUAGCACCACUGUGCUUCUACAGCUGUCUAUUUGCGUUGUGUGGGUUGAGCUGUACAAGGUCAUGUUUGUAGUGGUGUUGCCCUGUCAUGUUGACACUUGGUCUGUUCUCUCUAUGAUGCUGUGUUGUGACGUGUUUCCAUGGUGCGUAACCAGGGUGAUGCUGUUAGCUGAUGAUCUCUGACUGUAUCCUGUGCGUCCUGACUCCUGUCUCAACGAAGGGAGGCUAUGCAGUAUGUCUGAACAUCACAGAGGGGUUCAGUGGGAACGAAAGCUUGUCACAAUUUUAAUUAUUUUUAUAUCAGGUUUAUGUUUGAAGCAAGGAGGCCAGAUAAGCUUGCUUUGGUCAAGAUACAUGUGUACACAAACACACACACACACACUAAUGAUGUCACAGCUCAUCCACAUUUGGAGAAGGAGAUUCAUAUACAUUGUAGAAUAUGAGUGAGUAGAGGAACAGCUGUGCCAAUACUUAGUCUGUCGCUGAUCCUCAACCAAUCAAGAGAAAUCUGAAUCAAGAAGAAUCGGCCACUCCCACACUGAUCUGUGGUGUGUGGCAACAUUCAUGUUCUAACUGACAAUCAGCAGGAAGUGUUUUAUUCCUAUAAUAUGAGGUGAGGUGAUCAGCGGGAAGUGUUUUAUUCCUAUAAUAUGAGGUGAGGUGAUCAGCGGGAAGUGUUUUAUUCCUAUAAUAUGAGGUGAGGUGAUCAGCGGGAAGUGUUUUAUUCCUAUAAUAUGAGGUGAGGUGAUCAGCGGGAAGUGUUUUAUUCCUAUAAUAUGAGGUGAGGUGAUCAGCGGGAAGUGUUUUAUUCCUAUAAUAUGAGGUGAGGUGAUCAGCGGGAAGUGUUUUAUUCCUAUAAUAUGAGGUGAGGUGAUCAGCGGGAAGUGUUUUAUUCCUAUAAUAUGAGGUGAGGUGAUCAGCGGGAAGUGUUUUAUUCCUAUAAUAUGAGGUGAGGUGAUCAUCAGCCCAAACAAUGAGUCUGAGCAUUUAUUGGCAAAAGAGCUUAUCUGAUUGGUCAAAAAAACAAUUGGUUCCAAAAAUAUCUGAAUUGGGCUGCAUGUGUAAAUGCAGCCCUAGUGAACGGAUGAGGAGACAAGUUUAUUAGCGGACAAUGUGCAGAGGAGAGCUUCAGGCAUUUUGACAGAGCUCCGGGUCUGACAGAGAGAUGCCUGGAUGGAUUCCUGUGAUUGUGUUCUGAUUAUGAGCACCGGUCCAGUAAGACAUUGUUACAGUAAUGUGGUACAGGUACAGUGCCCAGGCUGAGUUGUGACUCUAGUACAGUAAGACAUUGUUACAGUAAUGUGGUACAGUGCCCAGGCUGAGUUGUGACUCUAGUACAGUAAGACAUUGUUACAGUAAUGUGGUACAGUGCCCAGGCUGAGUUGUGACUCUAGUACAGUAAGACAUUGUUACAGUAAUGUGGUACAGUGCCCAGGCUGAGUUGUGACUCUAGUACAGUAAGACAUUGUUACAGUAAUGUGGUACAGUGCCCAGGCUGAGUUGUGACUCUAGUACAGUAAGACAUUGUUACAGUAAUGUGGUACAGUGCCCAGGCUGAGUUAUGACUCUAGUACAGUAAGACAUUGUUACAGUAAUGUGGUACAGUGCCCAGGCUGAGUUGUGACUCUAGUACAGUAAGACAUUGUUACAGUAAUGUGGUACAGUGCCCAGGCUGAGUUGUGACUCUAGUACAGUAAGACAUUGUUACAGUAAUGUGGUACAGUGCCCAGGCUGAGUUGUGACUCUAGUACAGUAGUUCAGUGCCUAUAAAUGUGAGGUAGUGCCUCGACCAUGACUUCUUUAAUAAACUAUUUUGACGUGCUGUCUGAUUCGAUUGAGUGUGUGUGGCAUUAUUUCUGUCAGUCCUUUUCUCUUUCACAUUAACAGCAGGCAGGCAGCAACCAGGGGCCUCGUCUGUGCUGCAGUGUGUAUUUCAAUGUCUAGUUAGCAGAGGUGUAACGAAAUGUGAGAAAAAUGUCACCUCGUUCAUUAUAGAUGAGCCAGGCGGUAGAAGGUUUCUGCUCCUGUGGUGAGAAUGGAAGUGGUGUGUCUUCACAAUAUAAUGACUUUGAGGUAUGACUGCACGGUCCACUGGCUCUUAAAAUUAGUUUCUUCAUUUUUUACCAUUUCACUGUAAAUAGUAUGUCAUCUGCACUGAGUGUCAUCAUAUUCAACAGAACGGUGUGUAGCGUAGAAUUCCAUGUACCACGGGACAACAAAGACCGGAAUAUGACAGGAGCUACUUAUAAACAUAGCUAAUGUCCCUGUUUCCAGUUACAAAUUUUCAGAAUUGUACAUCAUAAUAUCAAUGAAUAAACGUUGUCUUUAAUAUCAUG